AUUUGUGAUUGCUUAUCCAUGGCAAUCAGAGACAAUGGACAAAGCACCAAUCGAAUGGACCAAAUGUUUAUGAAAGAGUUUGUCACCAGAACUGUGUAAUCAAUCAUGUUUGCCAUUGUCAUGUCUAGUCUGAAAUUGUUUGCGAUCUACGUCGCACACAGGAGCAAAAAUGACAAGUGAUGACAUCUCUACAACAAUUGAAGUCUGUGAGUGACUUGCCCAGACUACCUGUGCCACCUCUGCAGCAGACAAUGGACAAAUACCUUCGAGCAAUUUGUCCUCUACUAAGUAAAGAGGAGAUGGACAAAACGAAAACAAUUGUAGAUGCAUUCAGAAAACCGGGUGGAGAAGGAGAAGUUUUGCAGCAUAUGCUUGAAACAAGAGCCAAGAAACACAUUAACUGGCUGGCUGACUGGUGGCUACAUGUAGCAUACUUGGCAUUUCGGACACCAGUUACUGUUCAUGUUUCACCUGCAACAAUGUUUCCUCUGAUGCCACAGUUUUAUAAACAUGAAACACGACUGAAAUUCAUCUCUGAUUAUGUGACAAUGAUGAUGAAGUGGAAGCAUCUUGUUGAUAGAAAUACUAUUUCUCCUUUGAAAAUUGGUAAUAAGGAAGUUUGCUCAAGUGCGCGAAAGCAGCUAAUGGGGUCAUGUCGCUUGCCAUAUUCUCAAGUUGAUGGCCAGGUUGUUUAUCAACCUCAUGAAACAAGGCACAUUGUUGUAGCUCAUAACUGCCAGUUCUUUGAGGUGGAUUUGUUUGAGGUAGGCAGUAACACAUUGCUCAGCCCUCCUCAAAUCUAUAAGCAGUUAGAAGAAGUGAUCAAGAUGUCACCAGACAGUGCAAGACCUCCUGUCAGUGAGAGAGUUGGAUUGUUAACUACAGAUGAUAGAGACACCUGGACAGAAGCAAGACAGAGACUAACUGCUGAAAGUGUUAAUGUCAAAUCUCUUGAGAGUAUUCAGCGUGCUGUUGCCUUAAUUUGUCUUGACCAAGCCAACCCUGAUGUCAAUGCUGCACAGAACAACAAAGCAUUUAACAAUGAUCAGUUGUCCAUUGUAUGUUCACGGGGUCUUCAUGGUAAUGGAGUGGCCAGGAAUACAGGAAACAGAUGGUACGACAAGACUAUGCAGUUAUAUUUUGGCAGUGAUGGCGGUUGUGGUACGGUGUUGGAGCACUCAUUUAGUGAUGGCCUUCCUUGCAUUGCUUUGGUGGACACUUUGUUGGACUACUGUAACAACAGUUCAGAGGCAAGAUCAUGGAAACCUGAAGAUGCUGAAGGUGUUAUUGCCUCUCGACCCAGGCAACUCAUUUGGAACUUAUCUGAACAGAGCAAACUGGACAUUCUUAAAUCAGCUGAAAAGAUAGACAAAUUAGUUGAUGACACAGAUUUAUGCGUUUUUGUAUUCAAACAUUUUGGGAAGAACUUUAUCAAGACAAUUAAGCAAAGUCCAGAUGCAUAUAUUCAAGUUUGUAUUCAGCUUGCAUAUUAUCGAUUGUAUCAUGAAGCUGUCCCAUCGUAUGAAAGUGCAUCUACCAGCCAGUUUCAAUUUGGUCGCACAGAUACCAUACGGGCUGCCACACCUGAAUCUUUGUUAUUUACACUCAAUAUGGACAGAAAUGAAAUAUCUAAUGAGGAGAAAAUUGCAUUGUUUAAGGAUGCUAUUGCUGCACAUGUGAAAUAUACUAGAGAAGCAGUGGCAGGCCAAGCAAUAGAUAGGCAUCUUCUUGGACUAAAGCUGUCAGCUCAAGAGGCAGGUCUUCCUAUGCCCAGUUUGUUUACAGAUUCUUCAUUUGGAAAAGUGUUCAGUUUCAAGAUAUCAACUAGCCAGGUUCCAUCAAAGUAUGAACUGGUUUUGUGCUUUGGUCCUGUGGUAUCUGAUGGCUAUGGAAUCUGUUACAAUCCACGAGAAGAGAGUAUUCCCAUUGCAAUCUCCUCAUUUCGAAGCUGCUCAACAACUGACAGCAGGAGAAUGGUAGCCUCUCUGGAAAGGGCUCUACUUGAUGUACAUGGUUUGUUCAGCACAGUUAUGAAGAGUAAAUUAUGAAUUGAUAUCAGCUAAUUGUUUGCAUCUUUGCUUGUGGUUUUCAAUCGGUCUUUGUCAGCUUUAGUUUCAUUGAGUCGUGUGUACCAUAUACAUGCAUAUUUCUCAUUGAUUCCUUUAAUUGUUGAAAUCUGACAGUGUCGUGUGUGUGUGUGCAUGUGAGUGUGCGCAUGUGUGUGUGGGUGUGUACGUGCAUGUGUGUAUGUGUGUGUGUGUGUGUGUGUG